CAUAGCUUAUAAAAAUGACCUCAUAUUGUAAACACAGUUCAGUUAUUCGCCAGCAGUGCGUCGUAACGCUACCUUUUGUUUCAGCGCAUUUAUAUUCACGUAAUUGUUUAAAUAGGCGAAAUGGUUUGUAAUUCCGUAUUAGCUACUGGUGCAAUCUUGCUUCCAAAUAUCGGCGGCUACAUUUCGAGCAUACCGGUACGCAAAAACAUGGCCUGGUACGCCAGCCUCAAAAAACCGCGUUUCGGCCCGCCCGACUGGGUCUUUGCACCUGCUUGGACCUUUUUAUAUUCGUCCCUCGGCUACUCAUCGUACUUGGUAUGGAAACAUGGUGGUGGAUGUUCCGGUCCCGCGCGGAUUCCACUUAUGGUUUAUGGCGGUCAUUUGAUGUUAAAUUUAAGUUGGACUCACAUCUUUUUCUCUAUGCAUAAAUUAAAGCUGUCACUUUAUGAAAUCGCCGCGGUUGAUGUCACGGCUGUUUUAACUGCGUACUUGUUUUAUCAAGUUCAACCAGUGGCUGGUUGGCUCUUUCUGCCGUAUUUCGCUUGGUUGAGCUAUGCCACUGCACUCACAUGUUCAAUUAUGCGACUAAAUCCUGAGGAUGAAACGCAAGGAGCGACUGUGACUGAAAUUAAAGAUGAAUAGUUAUAGAUUCACCUUUUGUAGAGCUAAUAAUUGAUAAUGUUAAUAAUUUUAUAGCUUUAAAGAUACUUUAACAUUUAUAUCUUGUUUAAUGAAGUUUUUAAGAUAAAAAUGAAUUUGACUGGAAAGAUAUGCAGUAAGUUACUUUAGGUAGUUAGGUUGAAAUAAAAUAUGAAAUGGCUACUUAUUGUAAAUAAAUAACAAGAAAUUCUUAUUGUA